CCCGGGCACUGCAUGUGAGGGGAGGCCGGCGCCGGCCCCAGCCCGCGGGCUCAGGAGCGCGUCUGCCUCUGCCGGGUCCCUUGUGUCGUCUGCCCGUCGUGGUGCCCGUCCUACUGCUGUCCAGGCUCGCCCCGCCUGCGCAUGCACGGGGGGCGGCUAGGUGCCCCCUGGGGCUGUGUCUUCCCCCGGGGGCCCUGAGUGCCGGCUGCAAUGCUGCCCCCAUGAGCACACCUGGGAGUCCCCGCUCGCCGCGCUGAGCCGCCACCAAGGUCUGGAGCCGCUGGGCGCCAUGCGCUGGGCUUGGGCCGCCGCCAUGGCCCUCUGGCUGCAGGUCAUGCUCCUUGGGGGCGUCGGGGCGCAGCGGGAGCCCAAGAGGCCACGGCAGCCCAGCCAGCGCACUGAGCCCCCCACGGCCACCGCGUCCAACAGUGAGGGGCUGCUCCGCUCCCCCAAGCCACCUGUGGCCCUGGGGUCUGAGUUCUCAGAUGCCCACAUGACAUGGCUGAACUUCGUCCGGCGGCCAGACGAGGGGGCCUCGAAGACACGGUGCAGGGGCCGGGACAAGAAGUCGCGAGGCCUCUCUGGCCCCCCCGGGCCCCCCGGGCCCCCCGGGCCUCCCGGACCCCCCGGACCCCCCGGUGCCGCAGUCACCCAGGAGGCCCUGCUUCGAGAGUUUCAGGAGAUGCUGAAAGAGGCCACCGAGCGCCGGUUCUUGGGGCUGCUGGGCCCGUUGCUGCCUGAGGGGACUGGUGGGCGGCUGGUGGCCGAGGCUUUCCACUGUGCACUGAAGGGCCCCAUGGUGGUGGACGAGAAGACGCUGGUGGAGCUGCAUGGCUUCCAGGCUCCCACGGCCCAGGGCGCCUUCCUGCGGGGGUCUGGCUUGAGCCUGGCGUCGGGCCGGUUCACAGCCCCGGUGACCGCCAUCUUCCAGUUUUCUGCCAGCCUGCAUGUGGACCACAGGGAGCUGCAGGGCAGGGUGCGGCCGCGGGCUCGGGACACAGUGCGGGUGCUCAUCUGCAUUGAGUCCCUGUGUCAUCGACACACGUCCCUGGAGGCCAUCUCGGGCCUGGAGAGCCGCGGCAGGGUCUUCACCGUGCAUGUGGAGGGGCUGCUGCAAUUGCAGGCUGGACAGUAUGCCUCCGUCUUUGUGGACAACGGCUCCGGGACCACCCUCACCAUCCAGAGUGGCUCCAGUUUCUCCGGCCUGCUCCUGGGCACGUGAGGGCCAGACAGGGGCCAAGAGCACCUGCUGGCCCUCACACACCCACUGUCCUCUGUUAAACCUGUGGUCACAGCAAUAAAGAGCUCUCAGCCCUC